GCGGCGUCAUGGCGUUCUUGCUCCGUGUGCUCUGGGGUUUGCCCUUUCGAGGGGCGCCCCUGCGGGCCGUGAGGGGCCUAGCCGGCACUGGUGGCUCGGGGGCCGAUCCCGAGGACCCAGGUUCUCUCACAAAGCAUGAGCCGUCCCUCAGCAAGGGCGAAUGGCGGAGGAAGCUGACUCCAGAGCAGUUCUAUGUCACUCGAGAGAAAGGGACCGAACCGCCUUUCAGUGGAGCCUAUCUGAAUAACAAGGAGUCAGGAAUGUAUCACUGUGUAUGCUGUGACAGCCCACUCUUCAGUUCCGACCGCAAGUACUGCUCCGGCUCCGGGUGGCCUGCGUUUUCCGAGGCGCACGGGGCGUCUGGCUCUGAUGAAAGGGACGCGAGCAUCCUGAGGCGUGUGGACACCUCGUUAGGAUUAACUCGCACCGAGGUUGUGUGCAAGCAGUGCGAAGCCCACCUUGGCCACGUGUUUCCUGACGGACCUGGGCCUAAUGGUCAGAGGUUUUGCAUCAACAGUGUGGCCCUGAAGUUCAAACCAAGGAGACACUGACCGUCUCCAAGAAUCCCUUUCUGUCACCACUGCUUCAUUUACACCCUCAAUUUUCAGUUUAUGUUGAAUGACUUGUUUUAUUUACUACCAAAGUAGUA